CGGUUCAUCUGAGGUGAGGCCGCGUCCUUAUCUGAACUUCACGGGGAAAAGAAACAAAUACAGGCUGCGCCAUUCAGUAGUGAGCAGAGACAAACGAGCCGAGCUGGGAGAAGGAGCUUAACGGAGCCGAGCAGCGAGAACUGGAGGUUGUCGUUCUCGCUCCCUUUCCCUUCAUACGCUAGUAUAAACGCAGCACCAACGUUUAUAAAACCCGUAAAACUCAACAAAAAAAACUGCCAGUUCGGGGGAUAUCGGCUAACCUGAGAGGAGCUAAAAUAACCGACGUCCUGCUUGCGCGCAGGUGGGGGUGUUGCUGCACGGAGAUCACCACCGAGCUCAAACAACGUGGAAGAAGAGAACUCGACAGAAGUACCCUCGAUUCUGAUGAGCAGUAUAGGGGGCACUGCUAACAGCUCUCACGAUAUGAGGGACCAGAGUAUCCCAGGAGGGAGCCAUAGCACUCCGGACGCAGAAUUCCUGCAGGAGCUGGUUCCGUCUCCUACAGCAGCUGCUCCGGAGACUCAGACGGGGGGGCUGUCGUUCACAGAUGAGGCCGUGUCCAUCCUUACGACCAACAGCAUCCUGGCUCGGUCCCUGUUGGGCCGCACCCAGCUGAAGCACAAGGACAGCGCCUCCCUGAGGAGAAAGCGAGAGUUCAUCCCGGACGAGAAGAAGGACGAGGGCUACUGGGACAAGCGCAAGAAGAACAAUGAGGCGGCCAAGCGCUCGCGCGAGAAGCGGCGGGUCAACGACAUGGUGCUGGAGAACCGCGUCAUUGCCCUGCUGGAGGAGAACGCCAGGCUCAAGGCCGAGCUGCUGGCCCUCAAGUUCCGCUUCGGCCUCGUCAAGGACCCUUGCGAGACAACCAUCUUGCCCAUCGCCGCCCCUAUUGCCCCCGCCCCCCCUCCUCCUGCCCCUGCAGCAGCCCGAUUCCACCCAGGCGCGCCCAUGCACUCGGGCUACCUGCCUAGGACAGAAAGCACCUACGCAGGGCAAGCCUCUUCUGCGAGCCAGCCGUAUCUCCAUGGAUAUGGAGGCCGCGGCCUGAACGGCAGCCGGGAGACUCCCAGUUUUUCGGAGGAUUCUGGGUUUUCCACCCCGGGCAGCUCCAGCGUCGGCAGUCCGGUGUUCUUUGACGAUCGCCUGAGCGAGCACGGCAAGUUCUCCCCCCGGGGCGCAGAGGAACCGGGGUACGAGGCCCACUCCUGCCCCGCGGGCGGAGAAGCAGAGGGCCUGGCGGGCUCGGGACACUACCCCGGGGAGGCCAGCCGCGUGGGGAGGCUGGACUGCGGGGAAGGGAUGAAGAGCCUGCCCCACAAACUGCGCUUCAAGACCCCCAGCAGCCCCGAGGGCGCAGAGGCCGUCGGCGCCGACAGCCGGCGCAGCCCUGUCCAGCCGAUCGGGGGCCGGGAACUGGCGCGGGAGCCGAUGAGAGGCUCCUUUCUCCUGGGUGGCAACAGCCCGCUGGAAAACGGGGGCGGCGGGGGCCUGGUCCAGCCCUCGUGGCGGUACCAGCCUGGCGAGGAUCCGAAAAGCGGGCGCGUGAGGGAAGACCCGCAGUACUGUGCCCCGCCGGGCGGGUACCCUUCCGCCACCCCACAGGACAGCACCUUCCACCUGGAGAACACGGCCCUCAAGUCCCAGCUCACUUCCCUCAGAGAGGAAGUGGCCCAGCUCAAGAAGCUCUUCUCUCAGCAGCUGCUUUCCAAAGUGGCCUAAGAGGUCACGACCUGUCCGCGGCGCCGGCCCGUCUCCUGCACACCUCCAGCGCAGGAAGAACACUUUGAUCUCCACACAACAGAGGGGCAGGACUCGGCCCGUUUAAUGAAGAGACAUUUAAAAACCUUACCUAUCUAGGGUAUCAAGACCAUGUGAAAAUUCAUUUGUAAUGGUUCAAUGGCCUAGUAGCAAGUAUGUUUUUUUUUAAGUAUGCAAGAGAGAAGCACUGAGUGUUUUACUCCUUGAAAUCAUUAGCACCGUAAAAUUAAUCUUGUUGCAUAACUGGAACAAAAGGUCAGAGUGCUUUAAUCUGGAAAGCAAGUUCUUCAUCUCUUCUUAUUUAGCUAUCAAUUUAACAUGUUAAUGUUUUGGAGGAGGGUCUCUUGUGCUUUUUCAUUUAGCAGAGAAAAAUGGUGCAGUAACUGGCCUUAGUGAAAUAUUACCUGUUGAAAUCAGGUCAGGAUUAGAAAGUACUUUCAGACCACCCAAAUGUCUCAUGUUAAAAAAAAUAGGUUUUACAUUUGACACCGACAUAUUGCCAUUCUUUAAAGCAGAAGAAAAGUAAUCUGUAUGUUCUUCAUUGUACCUGAUCCAUUUGUCAAUUUUGAACUUCACCUACAACACCAAAAGAGAUAUAUAGUUCAGCAUAACAUACGGUAUGUAUGUCUAAAAUUAGUUUAGGUAAGAAAACAUGGUUCUCACGGACCCAUAACUAAUACUAAACCUUAUUUAUUUGAUGACCUCAGGCAUAAGUCCACAAAGUUUUACAUGGUCAGGUUUUACAGCUGUACUGAACUUGCAAAGACUUUCUCAUCUCAAUGGCUCUCGCUACUCACUAGAGGGACUGCAGAGACCAGAACACACUAUUUUACAUUCGUAGAGCACUUUCUUUAUACUAAGGACCUCAAAGCAUCACAUCUAACGCAGAAGAGCAGUAGCAAGUACGGUACUAUACUCUUGUGGGGAAGGGGGUGUCAGCUGUGUAUAACAUUAUUCUGUCUUUUCCUUCUGCUGUCCAGGUGUAAUUAAUAUAUUGUAUGUUUUUAAGACAGGGCUGGCAUGCCCUCUCUCCACCACACCCAGCGAAAUGUUGCCAUUUCAUCUCCCGUCACACUUGGCACACGUCCACCACCUUUUAAACCAGAUAAAGGUUUCACCGUUACAAACAUCCAGAGGAUGAGCUCAGGCUUCAGACUACGGAUUCGUUUUCCUAAGCUGUUUGGACCCCAGGUACCUGGAGUCACCAGGGCACACAGGCAGGCCGCAGACCAGGGCCGCACUAGGACUAAUCAGCACCCAAACACACACACAAAAAUCCCCCACAGCAGAAGUGCUGCUCAGGUUUUACACUGUGUUCUCGUACAAAGCAAAGAAAGAUGCAUUGUGAUGCCCAUUCACGCAGUAUUUCAUAUCCAUGGUACACUUUAUGUAUAAAAGAGAAAUGCAGUAUAUUUAUUGGAAGUAUAUCUAGGGGUUCUGUAAAUAUUUGUAGGUACAGUGCUGUUUAUGUAUUGUAUAUAAUAUAUA